AUGCUUACUGAGAUCAUAACUACGACUUUUGAAAAAUUAAAAACAAAAUCUAAAUUUAACUUUAUUUUUCAUCAUCAAAACUCUGUCGGCAAUCCUUUUACAAUGGCACAAAAAAGGAUUGCAAAUAUUGUGGCGCAACAACAACAAUUAUUGUACACCUUAAAGACUAGAAAUUAUAAUUAUAUGAUGAUGGUUAUGAACAUACCCAAGUUUCUAUUGACCUGA